UACUGACCCGACAGGCUUGUCCCCGGCAUCAGACACACAGCAGGCAGACGACUCUCUCCAUCACGCCACCACCUCACCUCUUCUCCACUCACUGAGGUUCUUGGCCCCCAAACAGAUAGAAGAGGAUGCCCCUCCAGUCCACUCUGUCCGGCAAGAGCUCCGGCUCCACCAAGGCCAUAGACACACAGUCGGACGGGAAGUCGUUUGAGCAGCUGAGGCAGGAGUGUCUGCAGAAGGGGGUCCUGUUUGAGGAUCCAGACUUCCCCGCCACCGACUCCUCGCUCUUCUUCAGCCAGAGCGUUCCUGUGAACAUUAAAUGGAAGAGGCCCACGGAGAUCUGCGACAACCCAAAGUUCAUCGUAGGCGAUACAGACAGGACGGACAUCUGCCAAGGACAGCUCGGGGACUGCUGGCUCCUGGCAGCCAUCGCAUCCUUGACGCUCCAAAAGGAUGCCCUGGCCCGAGUCAUUCCCAACGACCAGGAGUUCGACCACAGAUACGCCGGGAUCUUUCACUUCCAGUUCUGGCAGCACAAUAAAUGGUUGGACGUCGUGGUGGACGACCGGUUGCCGUCGGUGAGGAAUAAGCUCAUCAUGCUUCACUCGGCCUCCAACAAUGAGUUCUGGAGCGCCCUGCUGGAGAAAGCCUACGCCAAACUGCACGGCAGCUACGAGUCCCUGAAGGGCGGCAGCACCAUGGAGGCCAUGGAGGAUUUUACCGGCGGCGUGGGGGAAGUCUAUGAAACCAAGCAAGCUCCAAACAACCUGUUCUCCAUCAUGAAGAAGGCCCUGGACAGAGGCUCCAUGAUGGGAUGCUCUAUUGAUAUCUCCAGCUCUGCAGAGUCCGAGGCCAAGACGACCACCGGCCUGGUGAAGGGACAUGCGUACUCCAUCACAGGCCUGGAGGAGGUGAAUUACAGAGGUAAUACGGUCCAGCUGAUCCGGGUCAGAAACCCCUGGGGUCAGGUCGAGUGGAACGGCCCCUGGAGUGACGAUUCCAGAGAGUGGAGUUACGUUGACAAAGCAGAGAAGAAUCGCAUCCUGCAGAAUUCAACAGACGACGGUGAAUUCUGGAUGGAGUUUGAGGACUUCAAGAGGAACUAUGACAAGGUGGAGAUCUGUAACAUAACCCCUGACGACCUGACCGACAACACAAAGCGCAACUGGGAGGUCAGCAUGUUUGAGGGGAACUGGAUCCGUGGCUCCACCGCUGGAGGCUGCAGGAACUUCAUCGACACAUUUUGGACCAACCCGCAGUUCAAGCUGCAGCUGGAGGACGCCGACGACGAUGACGACAUGUGCAGCGUGGUGAUCGCGCUGAUGCAGAAGAACAGACGAAAACUGAGGAAGGAAGGCCUGGACCUGGAGACCAUCGGCUUCGCAGUGUACGAGGCUCCAGAAGACGAGGACCACUUAGGGAAAGAUUUCUUCCGCUAUAAUGGAUCCAAAGCUCGCAGCAGGACUUACAUCAACAUGCGGGAGGUGUCGGAGCGCUUCACGCUUCCUCCCGGGAAAUACCUGCUGGUCCCCACCACCUUUCAGCCCCACCAUGAGGCCGACUUCCUCAUCAGGAUCUUCUCUGAGAAGAAGGCCGAAGCUCUGGAGAUGGGGAGUAACGUUGACGCCGACCUCCCAGAUCCACCGCCGCCCAGCGCUCCAGAGGAGGAGUCCAAAGAGGAGAAAGGCCUGAGGAGGCUGUUUGAACAACUGGCUGGAGAUGACCAGGCUAUCUCUGUCAGAGAGCUCCAGCAGAUGCUGAACGGCGUUCUCAGCAGACGAAAAGAAAUCAAGUUUGAUGGCCUGACUCUCAGCACCUGCCACAGUAUUAUCAACCUGAUGGAUGUGGACAACACCGGGAAGCUGGAGUUUCAAGAGUUCAAGGUCUUCUGGGAGAAGAUGAAGAAGUGGAUUAUGCUCUUCUUGUCCUUUGACACCGAUCGUUCGGGGAAGAUGUCGUCCUAUGAGCUUCGUAGCGCUCUCAAGGCCGCAGGUAUGCAGCUGAACAACCAGCUCCUGCAGCUCAUCGGUUUGAGGUUUGCUGACGACAACUACGACAUCGACUUUGAUGACUACCUCACCUGCAUCGUCCGCCUUGAGAACAUGUUCAGAGUUUUCCAGGCUAUGGAUAAAUUCAAGAGAGGACGUGUGAACAUGAACAUCAUGCAGUUCCUGAUGAUGGCGAUGAACGUCUGAGGAGGAGAUGCUGAAAGCAAAAAGAAGCCGCCAGAAGAACAAACGUGCUGAAUAUUCAGGCCAAAAACUGAUGAAUUCACGCAUUUUCUUUCUCUCUCUAUAUCUCAUCUGUUGUUUUUGAGCAAAUAAUAUGAGAUACUGCGCUAAAGUAUUGAAACUGGGGGGGUGGAUCGGAUGUUAAAAUUUGCUGACUUAUGCUUUUGGACAAAAGCGAUUUUUUUUCUCUGCUCUCUGCAUGAAUGGAAAUAAAG